AUGUCGACUCUUCUCGACCAGAUAAUUGACAAGGGGAAUUUAAUAGCCGCCGACCAGAAGAUGGAGAUAAACGAGCUGUGGAGGCUCUGUACAAAGCUGAGGACGUCUCCUGUCAUGGCUCGUUAUUCGGACUUCUCGCACCCUCCGACACCACCAGAAACGUCGACCGUCGAACAGGCCGAGACUUCAGACUGGGCUAGGGACAUGACGCCGUCGCAGCUUUUGGAGGUUGUAGACCUGCUGAACGGCGACGGUCUGCUCAACUGGGUGGAAUUCGCGAAUACAUCGUUAGACCUGGAAGGGUUCAAUCCGUAG